ACUCUCACUGAGCACAAGUAUUUUAAACGUUUACGGCUAAAGGGAAAUUAAACAAAUAAAAACUUGAAUUAAUUAUAAAUAAAUUGCAAUUAAAUAUCAGUUUUUUGUUGAACAUAAUGUCUGUGAUUUUAGUUUUCUGUUUGGUGUUUGCCUCGGUGUAUUUGUUUUUAAAAUGGUAUAAAGUAUUUUUAACCGGCAUACAAAUGCCGGGACCCUGGGCUAUACCCUUCAUGGGCAAUGUGCAAAUGAUAACAAAACUAACACCAGAUAAACUUCUAUUUCACAUACAAAAGUUUCGCGAAACUUGUGGUGAAUCAUUUCGUCUUUGGCUAGGACCCAAACUUUGGGUAUUUUUACAUACACCUGAAGAAAAUCGUGAUGCUUUACAGGAUUCUUCACUAAGAAAAGCUGAUACUUUUUUGCUGCUGGACAAACUUAUCGGCAAUGGUCUACUAAUAAGUCAUGGUAAAUUUUGGGAGUCACAUCGUAAGGCUUUGGGACCCGCCUUUCAUCCUAACAUUUUAAACAGUUUCAACGAAACAAUUUGCCAACAUGCUGACAUUUUGGUGGAAAUUUUAAAGAGUUUACAAAUGCAACCUGUGGAAAUUACCGACUAUUUAUUUCCCUGUAUAAUGGACGCCAUCAUAGAGACCUCUAUGGGUAAAAAUUUACAAACGCAAAAGGAUAAAAAUCAUUUUUAUACUCAUGCUUUUCAUAGAACUGGUGAACUACUCUUCGCCCGAAUGACAAAUCCUUUGUUAUUUAGCGAUUUCAUUUAUAAUAGAACUUCCGCUUGUCAGGAAUUGGAUAAAAAUCUUAAUAUUAUCCAUAAUCUAAUGGAAUCGGUUAUAAAGGAAAGACAAGAAUAUUUAAAAGAAUUUAAAGAAACAGGAGAUUUGAUUGAAAUCGUUGGUAAACGUAAAAGACCUCAAUGUCUUUUAGAUACUUUACUGACGGUGGAAAUAGAUGAGCAACCUUUGACCUUGAAGGAAAUCCGUGAUGAAGUUAAUACUUUUGUGUUUGCGGGUGUCGAUACCACUACUGCUAGCAUGUCCUUUGUACUCUAUGCUUUAGGUAAAUAUCCUGAGGAACAAAAACGUCUUCUACAAGAGUUACAGCAUCAUAAUCUGGACUUUAGUGAAUCGUUAACUCCCAGUGAUCUUAAUAAAUUGGAAUAUUUGGAUAUGUUUAUUAAAGAAUGUCUUAGAUACUAUACCAUAGUACCUUUAACCGGUAGACAAACUACUCAGCCCACUAAAAUCGGUCAACGUACUUAUGCUGCCGACAUUACUUUAUGGAUUAAUAUGUAUGGUUUGGCUCAUGAUGAAAGUCUUUUCGAGGACGCCUGGUCCUUUAAACCCUCACGUUUUACUAAGGAAUCCUAUGAAAAAGUACCGAAAUUUAGUUAUAUACCCUUUUCAGCUGGUCCUCAUAUAUGCAUUGGACGGAAAUAUGCUUUUUUGAUAAUGAAAAUAUUGACUGUAAAAAUUUUACAGAAAUUACAAGUUUCUCUUAAAGAUCCCGAGGAGGAAUUGAUCUUGAUGGCGCAAAUGGUUUUAAAGGCGAAAAAUGGUAUAAAUUUGGUUUUUAAAGAAAGAUUGUGAGAAGAUUUUUAAGAAAAUAAAGACAUUAUUUUGAAA